AUGGCGAUGAUAGAACUGUCGCAGUCGGAGAUGCCGGCGGCGCCGCCUCCUCCAAGCUUCUCGGCUCCCUUCGCUGCCCCCACUCUACGCUGGGCCCGCAAGAAGCGCCUCCGGUGCUUCAACCCCGACGCCGCCGCCGCCGCCACACUGCGCCUCUCGCCAUCGCUCUCCCCCUCCCGCUCCCCCCUCCGGCGAGGUUCCUCUUCUCUGGACGGUGGAGGACCAGCCAGAUGCAGCGCCACCUCCCAAUCCGUUGAGGAGUCUCCGUCGCCGGCCCCUUCUCCGGCACCCCUCCGGCAGCAGUCGCCUUCGUCCUCUGCUCGGCCGAAGAUCCUGAUCCGGCGUUCCUUGCUGAGAGGAGAAAGGGAGCAGGGGGACGAACUCGGAGAGGCAUCGGAGGCAUGCCAUCCGAUGCCUCCGAGGCCCACCGAUCUGUCUCCCAUGGCGCCGGCGGAGAUCGGAGGCUCCAAGGAUGAGAACGAGCGGACGCUCGCCGGAGAGGCGACCGGGAGAUCCCUGCGUUCGAGGACUCGCGCCGGGGAGGAGACGGGGAAGAUGAAGAAGAAGAAGGUGGAGCUGUGGGUUCCCCUGUCCAAGCACGAGAUCGAGGAGGACUUCCUGCGGAUGACGGGAUCCAAGCCACCGCGCAGAUGCAAGCGACGGGGAAAGUCCGGCGCCGAUCAGUUCAGCGUACGCAUCUGAUCCUUCCGCAAUUUUCUUCUGAACGAGUUCUUCCCCAUUUGAUGUGGCUCCAUUCUUGUUUUCCCCCGCAAAUGGAAUCUGACCUCUCUCUCUUUCCCUCUCUAGGGGAUCUUCCCGGGAUCAUGGCUUCCCAACGUGAUCACCGGCGAGAGGUACAAGGUUUCCGAGCCUCCACAUCCCAGAAAGGUACGCAAGGGGGGGAGGCCUCUGAUUCCUUCUUCCAUCAGCUCGUCCUCUUGAACUGUCUCGAUUCCAUGCUGAAUCUCUCUCGUCUCCCCACCCCCCCUCCCACUUCUUCUCUCUUCUGUUUCAGGCGUGCUGAUGGAAAUGGCUCCGACCUCAAAAUCUCCCCGAUCUCCUCUCCAUCCUGCUCGAUUCACCCUCGCCGUUCAAAGCGACCGGAGAUCGCUGCGGACUGCCGGCGAUCGGAUUGAGAGUUUUGGCCGGAUUCGAUCCUCGCUCAUUCUUUCUCCCCCGGAUUGACAGGUCCAUUACUUGUGAGUCCGCAAGAACAACCUUCUAGGAAGUAAUGCUACUACUCCCGACUAAUUCCACACCGCCGCAAAAAUCUCCGUCGCCUCUGUUACCUCCAUCUCUUCUCCUGUUGUUCUCUGCUGUCCCCCCGUUGUCUUGAUGAAUCUCCAUCUCGAGUCCCUGUCCCCGGCGAUCACCUCUCGUCGGAAACAGACGAUCAGCAGGAGAGAGGGAGAGAGAGGGAGAGAGAGAGAGGGAGAGAGAGAGAGAGAGAGAGAGAGAGAGAGAGAGAGAGAGAGAGAGAGAGAUGA